AUGAACUCUACUCUUCUACAAUUCACUGAAGAUACUCAUUUUUGUUAUAAGAAUGUGACUAACUCUUGUAAAAAGAUUGUGCGAUCCAACAGUUCAUAUGUGGCCAUAUAUUUUGCUUUCUGCUUAGGGAUGCUGGUUACUGUACUGGGGAACCUACUGGUAAUAGUGUCAGUGGCUCACUUCAAAGUACUCCAUUCUCCAACCAAUUUUCUGGUUUUAUCUCUUGCUAUAACUGAUUUCCUCAUUGGGUUUGUAAUAAUGCCAUUUAGUAUUGUAAGAUCAGUUGAAACCUGCUGGUACUUUGGUGAUGACUUCUGUAGACUACAUACUUGUUUGGAUUCAUCUUUGUGCUUGGUCUCAAUUUUUCACUUAUGCUUCAUUGCAGUUGAUCGUUAUAAUGCAGUUUGUAAGCCACUGCUUUAUACAUCUAGAAAUAAAGUUUCUGUAGUAUUGAUUUACAUAGGUACUGGGUGGACUGUUUCUCUGAGUUACACAAUUCCAUGGCUGUAUUCAAAUCUACUUGAGGAAACAAUAAAGACUGUCAAAACAGAAUCAUACUGCUUGGGGAGCUGUCAACUUGUGUAUAUUAAAAUAUGGGGGUGGAUAAAUCUCCCUUUGUUUCUUAUCCCAUGCUUUCUAAUGAUAGCUCUGUACUUGAAGAUAUAUUGUGUUGCACAAAGACAAGUGAGGAUUAUAGACAAUGCAAGGCAUGCACACAUAUCUGUACCUUUGAAGAAAGCAUCAAAAAGGGAAAAGAAGGCUACAAAAACCCUUGGGAUAACAAUCGGCGUUUAUUUCCUUUGCUGGUUCCCAUUUUUGAUAAACACAAUGAUAGAUCCAUUAAUAAACUUCAGUAUUCCACCACUUCUAUCUGAAAUCCUUUUCUGGAUUGCAUAUUUUAAUUCUGCUUGUAAUCCCUUCAUUUAUGGAUUCUUUUUCCCGUGGUUUAGGAAGUCCUUGAAAAUCAUUAUUACUUUUAGAAUAUUUUGCUCAGAGUCAUCAUCAAUUAACUUGUAUCAGUAA